AUGCCUCCUCAGACGUACCCGCAAGCACAAUUCGUGCCUAUCAAACCGGAUUUCGAUCUAGACGCUCUGGUCGAAGAUACCCACAACUUCGAUUAUGUUACUAGGUUAUCUGCAGACAAAUUGGAGGAGCACAGUAUUCAAAGCUUUGAAGCUCUUGUACUCCAGAUUGUGAUUGAAAAUGGUAAACCUCUUGUUAUUGAAGACUGGGGCUCAAGGAUUCCUCCAUGGCUCUUCAGUAAAGAAUGGCUGGAGGAGAACAUGGGAAAAGAGCCUCAAAGUGUUCGCGACAUACCCAACGAGACAAAUAUUCCCAUGACUAUGGGACAUUACCUGAGGUCUAUGGAUCAGCUUACACGGCAAUUCAAGCCCUCAACGUAUCGGGACCCGAAACGACAACGAUUAUACCUGAAGGAUAUUGAUUGUCCCAAGCAGUGGUCCGAGCACUUGAGAGAUACAGUCCCAGAAUGCAUUUAUUACUUGAACGAAUGCAUCGAGCCAAGAACUGGGGGCGAUGGGUCAAUUCUCGAGCCCAACGAAUACGGUCAAAUGCGCUACGGCAAGGGUGUCGCUCCAGCUGGAGACUUGAUGGCCAAUCUCCCACCUGAGAUGCGAGCUGCAAAUAUGAUGUGUUACAUUGGUCACGAAGGGACAUAUACUGCAGCUCACAGAGAGAUGUGUGGCACGCUUGGUCACAAUAUCAUGGUCGACACUUCAACCGCUUCGAAAGGCGAGAAGCCUGGCACCUCGAUCUGGUUCAUGACCGAAACUAGAGAACGAGAGGUAGUCUCAGAGUAUUUCCUCUCAAUGCUAGGUCAUGACAUUGAAGUUGAAAAGCAUUUCGCGCAAGUUAACGCAUGGAGGAAAGCCCCAUUCAACGUUUGGGUAGUCGAGCAGAAAGUUGGAGAUCUUAUCCUAAUACCACCUCUUGCUCCGCAUCAGGUCUGGAAUCGUGGAACUCGUACUAUGAAAGUGGCCUGGAAUCGUACGACCGUCGACACUCUUGAACUUGCACUUCACGAAGCCCUUCCGCGCGCUCGAAUGGUAUGCCGGGAGGAGCAGUACAAAUGCAAGGCAAUCGUCUACUACACCCUCAUCAAGUACUAUGCACUGUUGCAGCGUGACACCAUGGAGCCGAAGAUGUGGAAGUAUGGCCGUAUCAAACAACUUUUGGAAGACUUCAAGCGCUUGUUCUACUUGUACCAGGAAAUUUUAGUUAGCGAGAUGUUUUCGCCAAAGUUGCCUGAGGAAACAAAUGUCGAAUUCUUACCCUACGAUUCCUUUGUUACAUGCUCGUAUUGCCGAGGAAAUAUAUUCAAUCGUUUCUUGACCUGCAAGACCUGCAUUCAGCAUGGCAUUGUCAACGGUGAAGAAGUUGAAGAUACCUACGACGUGUGUAUGGACUGUUAUGCGAUGGGCCGCUCCUGCGCCUGCGUCUCAAGCCUCUCCUGGGUUGAGCAAUGGGACUGGUCGACUCUUGUUCAAAAUUAUGAGCAGUGGCGGAACAUUGUCGUUCAGUUUGAUGGCUUCUUUGAUUCGAUGAGAUCGCCUCAACCGCUUGAGCUAGCCAGGAAACGAUAUGGUAGGAGACCCAUAACAGAAGUCUGUCAGGAGCAGCUCAAAAUCCGUCCCUUUAAGGAUCCCAAUAGGGAGAGAACACCGACACCAGAAAUGUCUGACAUCGAGCCCGAGGUCGAUGAUGAAGGUCGCCCCGUACCUCGAAAGGAUGGCAAGAAAUCAGGCUUGUCAUCAUCUCGUAAGAACCAGGUGGUGCCUACACCCGGCAAGACACACUCAUGUCACGUAUGCAUGAAACAUGAGAUGAAUUGGAAACUCGCUUUCUGCACCACCUGUAGCCUGGCCUAUUGCUACGGAACUUUGUGGCGAGCCUUUGACUUGAUGCCACAAACCGUCAUGGAAGACAAGGAGUGGCAGUGUCCGAGGUGCUUGAAGAUGUGUUCCUGUGGAAAAUGUCGGUCGAAACCGAACUCCACUCAAAUCGGAUAUCAACCCAAAGGGACUCUGCUAGGCCAUGAUACGAAGAAGGUAGCUGAUUUUCGAAGUGUGGAAAGUCUUGUCGAUUUCUCAAGGACGAAUCUUUCUUGGCUGCAACGUGAUGAAAAUGCGAACAAUCCUCAGGAGUCUGGACGAAUGAAGAAGCUGAAGGAGAGGGCCGAAGCAGAGAAAGCUCGCGCGAAUGAGAGCUCUCUAGAUGAUCGUGAGGCUUUCGAUGAUUCCUUUGAGGACAAUCUGAACAAUGGCUACGUCCAUAACAUGCAAGAUAUCAACAAUCUUGGUGGUCCUGGGUCAACGCAUUUCAGAGAAGACGGCAACGCCCCUCGAUAUCGGGAUUCAUACGAGGCUGCGCAACAUGGGGCAAAUCCGUAUCUACCAGACGAUACGGAUGACACCGCUCAUGGAUGCGCGGAUGGCCACUAUGAACUUGACGACUACGAUUCGUACAAUCAACCACCGGCAAGCUACCCAUCUCAGCUCCUUGCCCCGGCUGCUUCUAUGUAUGGAGGACCAGAAGAAACUGAACCGGACGCCUCACACGUUGGACAAAACCGUAUGAUGGGCGUAGGAUAUUAUCAACAGAAUGGCUCCACUGACAACCGAAUUCUUUAUGAUCCACCAAUCACUGAUGGCACAAUUGAAGAACCUUCACCACAAUUAACUCCAUCGAAGAACCCGAAUAUGUUUCUUUCUGAUCUGCUAGAUCCUCAAUUACUGCAAGCAGAGCAACCUAAAAAGCGGAAGAGAUUUAAUGCCGAUGGCGAGGACGCGGAAGAUGUCGAGUUCUUCGCGUCAAAACGUCAGAAAUUGCUCGCCGAGACCAAGAAACACAGGCAACAAUACCAGCCUGAAGACUUCCCCUCCAGACCCGAGAAGCGUGUGCCUCGCCGUAGCACGGGCAAACCGCAAUCGUACCGCGAUCUCGGUGAAGCUGCCGUUCCUAUCGAAGAGGACGAAGGACUUUCAUCUAUUAGUACUACUCGUAAACGCAAAGCUGAGCGCGCAGACUCUGAUCUUGAGCUUGCAGCUCAAGCUUUGAGCCAUUUAAGUAAACCACAUCCUGCAUCCCAAGGUACUGUCCGAAAAAAGCGAAGCGUGCGGGCCCAAACCUCGAGAUCGACAGGAUCUCCAUCUGUCGCUCCAAAUACCAUCAAAACACCUCACAAAUCUGCUUGGCUUGCUCGUAAAGAGGCAGAAGACGCUGGUAACAGUUUUCCGGUUGAAUUACCCACCAAGAGAAAUAGGAAGCGACGUAGUGAAGUCCAGGACGGAAUGCAAAAUGAUCCACCGCCUGCAGUUGUGGAACUUUCUCUAGCGGUUGACGAUAAUGACGAUGGAGGUGCUGCUCUUGGUAGUGACAGAGACAGCCUCUUUGGGGAACCGAUUGAGAGAGAAAAGGCUACUGAGGAAGUCAUCAGGGAGACAACUGAAGUCGGCCACGGCGUUGAAAUUGCCGAGCAACCAAAUUCCACUGAAGUGCUAAAUGAAGCAGAGAAGCAAAAUGAGCCAGUCCGGGAACCUCGCAACACUUCUACAAUCGAGGAAGACGCUCCAGUACCUAAGCAUCGUGGCCGACCGCCGAAGAGUCGUCCUAGUGUGGUUGCACUUCCACCUCGCUCUGAAUCUCCGAUAGGAACAGAACCCAUCGUUAUCUUCCCUGCUCGUGCUCCCGCGCCCAAGUUGCUCUCACUUAAAGAAAGAAUGGCUUUGAAAGGAAGAAAAUUCAAGAUUGUUGCUCCCAAGGCUCAAUCAACCCCCGAGUUUUCUCCAGGUCCAUCCAAUACAGUGACGACGAAGGAACAAUGGUCACAUGCUCCAUCCACAACUACAUACAGUUCAGGGAGCACUCCGUCUCUGAUUCAGGCUUCCAUUUCGAGGGCUCCACCUACCGCCACCCCUGUUGGUUGGCACGCUGUGAACGGCAGAUCUCAAGCAAUGAAGUCUAGCGCUGGUGCAGAUUACUCCACAAGUCCAGCGACUGUAGCAAGCAGCAAGAGCGAUCGUGCUCCAACAUUGCCUGUUGAGAAACAAAGAGUAGGCCCUACCGUUGUUCGGUUAAUGAGUGAAGAGCCUUCUUCCGAGAGAUCAGUAUCUGACGGCUCAGCAUCCGAAGAGUCUUCUGCUUCUGAUUCUUCUGAUACUGAUGAUAUUCCUGCUCAUCGACCGGGUCCCAACAAGGCAUUUCGAGGUGGUGGCGUCUCAUUGAGAGGUCGAGGAAGACCUACAGGCAUGACUGCUCGCCGAGGAAAACCGGUCACUAUUAGAGGUCACUAG